AUGUCUUUUCGAAUAACAGCGCCAUUGUGGGAUAAGAUAUAUCAUUUCGCAUCGUUUCCUCAAACACCUGUCUCGUUGCAGCAGAUGGUACUCUUCGGCCAAAACCCCAGUCAGGGAACGCUUCUAAAGGCAUCUGAGUUUCUCAAAGAAGAACUGCCUAUUCGGCUCGCGCAUCGUGUCAAGGACCUCACGGAACUUCCACAAGGACUUAGUGAGAUGCCCUCCAUCAUUCGCGUGAAGGAAUGGUAUGCACAAUCAUUCGAGGAACUGGUCAAUUUUCCUGCCCCAAAGAUACCACAGGAAUACUCAAAAAUCCUACACUCUGCCAAUUUACCUCUCCCUGGUUCGAUCCCCAACCCGUCGCUGCACAGUAGUCUACAUCACGAAAGUGACAGUCCUUCGAUGUUCCUGUCUCCCGCAUCAAACAUCGCUGGACUCAAAUCCCACUCUAUGGACGGCAAAGGCUCACUGCGGCCGGGUGUCAAUGGCAAUGGAAACGGGAGCAAGAAAUUGCGUAUUCCAAUGGAGAGACGAUAUUACUCGGAUCCCGAGGCUAACAUGGACGUGGUGUGGCCCCCAGAAGUCUACGAGUAUAACAAACGAUUCACCAAGGCUCUUGAACAUAUCAAAAAGAGGCAUGAUCCUACCGUCACUACCGUUGCCGGAGGCGUACUGGAGUGGAAGAAGAAGAACAGGAGUAAACUCAUCGGAAGCGACGUUCAACGCUUCCUUGACCGCUUUUAUAUGAGCCGCAUCGGCAUCCGGUUCUUGAUUGGUCAACAUAUUGCGCUGAAUACCCUGCAGCCUCAUCCGGACUAUGUGGGAAUCAUCUGCACACGAUCUCGACUCCAUGACAUUGCAUCAGAAGCAAUCGAAAAUGCGCGAUUUGUCUGUGAAGAGCAUUACGGCAUGUUCAAAGCACCCCCGGUUCAACUCAUCUGCCCUCGUGAUCUGACAUUCCCUUAUGUUCCCGGCCAUCUGUCACAUAUUCUCUUCGAACUUCUCAAGAAUUCUCUCCGUGCUGUUGUAGAGAGAUACGGCACAGAGCCGUCGGCGACCCAACCACAUGGCGGUCAGUUCGUCGCUGCACCCGGAGGACAAUUCCCACCUAUCAAGGUGGUGGUGGUCGAAGGCAAUGAGGAUAUCACGAUCAAGAUCAGUGACGAAGGCGGUGGGAUUCCUAGGAGUGCAGUGCCUUGGGUUUGGACAUACAUGUAUACCACUAUGGACGUUGAAGCGAGUGGGAAAGGCGGAAGCUGGAGCGGAGGAAGCGUACAAGGUAGUAGCGUCGGUAGUGUCGCACUGGAAAACCUCAAGAAGGGAGCAAAUGACUUCGCUGCGCCCAUGGCAGGGUUUGGCUACGGCCUGCCAUUGUCACGAUUGUACGCUCGCUAUUUCGGAGGAGAUUUGCACUUGAUCUCAAUGGAAGGGUACGGCACUGACGUGUAUAUACACCUCAACCGACUAUCCAGUAGCCGUGAACCGUUGCAAUAA